ACGGGAAAAAGAAAAUGGAGAUUCUUUGGAACGAAAAAUGGAGGAGGAGGAGGAGGAGGAGGAGGUGGUGGUGGAAGAGGAGGAUGUGGGGAGGAGAGGAGGUGGUGUUAGUGGUGUUAGGAAUGUUGAGCUGCCUUCCUAACUUAAGCACUGCCACUAACACACACCACCACCACCACCGCCACCACGCCGCCGCCACCACCACUACUGCUACUGAUUUUGAUAGUUACGUCAGUUAUAGUGAGCUGGCUGGCACCACUGACAGGUUCACCAGGGCGGGAGUCACCAGUUUCACACAGCUUCUCUUUGACCCCACAAACUACCAGGUCAUCGUCGGGGCCAGGGACCACAUCUACCGGCUGAGUUUGACGGGGCUACAAGAGCUGGAGGAAGCGGGGUGGGCCUCUAACACAAGCACGGUGGAGACCUGCAAGAUGAAGGGACAGAGUGGCGCCAACUGUCACAAUUACGUGAAGGUGUUGCAUCGAUAUGGCCAGCGUGUCUUGGUGUGUGGGACUAACAGCUUCAGCCCCCUCUGCACCUGGAGGAGCCUGUCUAACUUGGGUCACAUUGAGUCAUCAGAGAAGGGGGUGGCACACUGUCCCUUUGACCCCCGACACAGCAUCACCUCCCUCGUCACCCCUGAUGGCUCCCUCUAUGUGGGCACCUUCACUGACUUCUCUGGCGUCCACCCAGGGUUCAUGAGGAUGCUGGGAAGUAGCCGGCCACUGUGGACACGCCCCUGGGAGACCAAGUGGUUGUCCUCGCCGACUUUCGUGGCCUCCUUCAUGGACGCUGGAUUUGUCUAUGUGGCCUUCACCGAGAAUGCUGAGGAGGCGCUGAGCUGUGGAAAGAGCGUCUACUCUCGUCUGGCCCGAGUUUGCCGCAAUGACCCGGGUGGAACAACCAUUCAGAACAACCACUGGACCACAUUUCUCAAGGCCCGGCUGUCCUGCUCUCGUCCUGGUCCACAUCCCUUCCACUAUGACUACAUACAAGGGCUGGUCCACCUCCCACAAGAGCAGCUCAUCUAUGGGGUGUUUUCUACUGCUGAGAAUAGCAUCGCAGGAUCGGCCGUUUGUGCUUUCAACAUGACAACAGUUAACAUGACUUUUGAAGGGCCCUUUAAGUUCCGCUCCGCCCACUCCUCCACCUGGGGCCCCAUCACGGAUGAUAACUCUCAAUUCCGCUGCGCCAACACCAAGUCCACCCACGAUGCCGAGCUGACCGCCAUGAAGUACCAGCUGAUGGAUAAACCGAUCGCUGGCCAGGGACAUGCACCGAUAUUCACUAUUGAUGAUGUUAGGCUAAGCCACAUCGCGGUGGACAUCGUAUCAACCCGCCAAAGUGGAAUGGUGCAUGUCAUCUUUGUGGCGGAGCGCAGCGGAAGAGUGAGGAAGCUGAGUGUGGUCCCUCACUGCCACCACCGCCACCACCACCCCUGCCCCUGCCUGCUGGAGGACCUGUCACCCUUCCCCCAUAACUCCUCCGUCACCCUGCACUCCAUGAAACUCCUCAGGGAUACGAGUUCACUAUACCUGGGGACAAGCGAGGGAGUGGUGCGCCUGCCCAUCCACCGGUGCGGGCGUUACAAGACCCAGCGCUCCUGCCUGUCAGCGCGGGACCCUUACUGUGGCUGGGACACGAACCGCCUGCAGUGCUCGCCUCCUCCAGGAAAGAACCCUCUGGUGACCUCGUGGCUGCAGGAGGUGAUGGAGUGUCCUGUUUCUGUCGAUCCUGUGGAUGGUGAGUGGAGCGGGUGGUCCCACUGGUCGCCCUGCCAACAGUCCGGCUCGGGGGACUCCUGCCAGUGCCGCCAACGUCAAUGUGACUCACCGGCACCGCGCAGAGGAGGCAACCCCUGCACUGGCCCACACAUUGAGGUCACCAAUUGCACAGUGCAUGGGGGGUGGACAGCCUGGUCAUCAUGGUCACAGUGCUCUGCUAACUGUGGCAUCGCAGUGAAGACUCGAAGGAGGACCUGUUCCAAUCCGGCGCCCAAACAUGGAGGACGUGUGUGUGUCGGCCAGGAACGCACGGAAAUAUACUGCCAUUCUUUGCCUCGCUGUCCUUCCUACACAGCCUUACCAGUGGACGGGGGGUGGAGCGAAUGGCAGUCCUGGCGGUCCUGCUCAGCGACAUGCGGGGGAACAGGAGUCAGACAGCGCCACAGAACCUGCACGCACCCUUCCCCAAAGAACGGAGGGUCGGAGUGCAUAGGCUGUGGCGAGGAGACCGAAUCCUGUGGCAGAUGGUCAUGUCCUGAGACCCGUCAACUCAGCACCUGGUCACCCUGGGUCGGAGUCAACACCACAGGGGAUUACGUGACCCAGAGGCGAUUUAGGGCUGAGUGCGUCGCUACAGGAAACACGAAGGAACCAUUACGUACCGGCGAUCUACAGCAGGAGGACCGUGUGUGUCAGAGAGGGUGGUGUGGUGGUGAGGUACGUGCGGUGGUGGCGUCGUCCCCCUGGAGUGAGUGGAGCAAGUGUGGUGUGCCGUGUGGUGGUGGCAGGCAGUGGCGGAGCAGGAAGUGUGGUGCUGGUGGUUGUGGUGGUGGUGACGCCUUCCAGGAGAGAGGCUGCAAUGAACACCCUUGUCCUGGGGUAUGGGCGUGCUGGAGGGAGUGGGGGAGCUGCUCUGCCUCCUGUGGGUCCGGGCGGCAGGUCAGGACGCGUCGCUGUGUGUCCUCCCAUAAUCCUUUCCAGGACGCCACAGACUGCACCGGGCCAGCCUCCUCACAGCAGCCCUGCCACGGUCACCCCUGCCCUGGAGAGGAGGGGUGGGGCGUGUGGUCUCUGUGGUCUGAGUGCGGCGGCGGCGGCAGCGAGGAACGCGUGAGAAUCCGGCACUGUCUCUCGGAUGACCCCAGCCAGUGCCGCGGCCUUGACCUGCAGCGAGAGGCCUGUGCACCUCUCUUGGACACCAACGCACCAGUCCUGGAGCUCCACGACACACAGAGCUCCGACACCACCACCACCAUCACCGUCACCACCCUAGUCUGGUCCUGCCUGGCUUGUCUGGCGGCUGGUGCUCUGAUUGGCUCCCUCACCACAUACCAUCUCUUCAUCCGCCGCACCCGCCACCGUCGCGUCCCAUCAUCACCACACUACAUCACCGCCAAGCCUAACCAUUAUGUCAGUGUGCCAGCUGGGGAGAGGGCUGGGACAUCUCCUGGGGGCUCCCUAAAGAGUGCUGGGGGCUUACGAGCUGCUAUUGCCGCUACGCUUCCCCUUAAGGAGUUCGACACGGCUACUAUUAAGAGGUCAAGUCACGGAAAUGGCCACCUUCGAGCUGAUCUUGAUUCCGAUACUAUUUUUAAUUUUUAAGUUUUUUUUUUCCUAUUUUCUUUUUUUCCAUGAUUUGAGUUUUGUUGGUUCUUUUUCGUUUUCUCAGAUUUGAUUUUUUUUUUCCCCGAU